CCGUGGAGAACGUGGCCAGGAAAUGUGUGCAUGUUUCUGAACUUGGGGUGGUUGUCAGUUCCGUAACCUUCGCCUCCCACUGGGUGGAGUAGGGCCUUUAAGAGCAGCUGGAAUGCAGUUCCCUGAUCAGCUUAGCCAGUUGUUGCCUGUCUGAACUUCUGCCAGUCCUGGAGAGCGGUGCUCAGAGCUCAAACCAGCGGGCUGCCUUCUGUACCUUCCCAGCCGCCCCCUUCUCGCUAGAGCAAGUAGCUCCCAGCAGGAAAGAAGGCUCCCACCUGUCCAGCCAUGGGAGAGGACGCUGCACAAGCCGAAAAGUACCAGCACCCAAGUGUUGACAUGAGCCAGGAAAAGCCAUCGAGCCCCAGCCCGAUGCCCUCCUCCACGCCAAGCCCCAGCCUGAACCUGGGGUGCACCGACGAGACCAUUCGCGACAACUCACAGGUGAACGCAGUCACAGUGCACACGCUCUUGGACAAGCUGGUGAACAUGCUGGACGCCGUGCAAAAGAACCAGCACAAGAUGGAGCAGAGACAGAUCAGCCUGGAGGGCUCGGUGAAGGGCAUCCAGAACGACCUCACCAAGCUCUCCAAGUACCAGGCCUCCACCAGUAACACCGUGAGCAAACUGCUGGAGAAGUCGCGCAAAGUCAGCGCCCACACACGCGCGGUUAGAGAGCGCAUGGAGAGGCAGUGCGCACAGGUGAAGCGACUGGAGAAUAACCACGCCCAGCUCCUUCGACGCAACCAUUUCAAAGUGCUCAUCUUCCAGGAAGAAAAUGAGAUCCCUGCCGAUGUGUUUGUAAAAGAGCCGGUUUUCAGCCCGGCUGAAGGGAAGGAGGAACUUGCUGAUGAAAACAAGUCCCUGGAGGAAACCCUGCAUACUGUGGACCUCUCAUCGGAUGAUGAGCUGCCCCACGAUGAGGAGGCCUUGGAAGACAGUGCAGAAGAAAAGUUGGAAGAAAGUCGGGCAGAGAAAAUAAAAAGAUCCAGCCUUAAGAAAGUAGAUAGCCUCAAGAAAGCAUUUUCUCGCCAGAACAUUGAGAAAAAGAUGAACAAGCUGGGGACCAAGAUCGUAUCUGCAGAGAGAAGAGAGAAGAUUAAGAAAUCUCUCACGUCCAAUCACCAAAAAUCAUCCUCAGGGAAAAGUUCCCCCUUCAAGGUUUCUCCCCUCACUUUCGGUCGAAAGAAAGUCCGGGAGGGAGAAAGCCCUGUGGAAAAUGAGACCAAGUCUGAAGACAUGGCAAGCAGUGACCAGAUGCCGAAUGACCAAGAGGAGAGUUCGUUUGCAGAGGGUCUUUCUGAAGCAUCGCUCCCUGGUGCUGUGGCAGAAGGGAAGCCUACAGAAGGAGACCCUGAGAAGGUGACCUCGAAAGGCAGUCAUUCGGGGAUAGACAGCAACGUGGACUUGACUAUUAUGGAAGAUGAAGAAGAGGAGUCAGUGGCCAUGGAACAGGCACAGAAGGUGCGCUAUGAGGUUGGCUAUGAGCUGACCUCAGAGGAGACAGAGUGGGCAGGUGAGGAGCAGGUGCAGCCGGCUGUGCUCCAGGUGGACCACACUGCCUGAGUGCAUGGCCACCACACCAACCUGUGCUUCAGAGGAGUGGGCCACCAAAGCCCAGAAACAGACCCCUGCACAUCUCCAGCACUGCCCACUCACUUCUGUCCUGUCCAGGCAGCAAGCAUUGGCCACAGAGUGGCAACAAGAAAGCCACCUGUCAGGGCUCCCCUUCUAAUUUGUUCUUAUGUUCUGUUUCUAUAGAAUUUCUACAAGGUGCCAGGAGGAAGAAAUGGAGCAUUGACUUUGGCUUAAUCAGAAAAACUAGAGGAUACUUAAGAAGUUGCUAGUUGUGAGAUGUGAUUAAUUUUUUGGUCAUUCCAUCAGCUUGCUGAAUAGUGUACCAGGAAUUAGUGAACUUUUGCUGUACUCUGUGAAUUAUUAUACUUUAAGUAUGUGACACAUAAUAUACAUAAGUAGGUAAGCUACGGUUAUAAGUAUAUAUUUUAAGAAGAAAACGUUUACAGAAAAAGAAUGUUCAAUUGGUUAUUUGCUUAAUAGAAACCAUUGUUAUAUUGCAAAUGAAGGAAGAAUAAAAAGACUUUGACAGUGGUCUAAUGACGUAAGUAUGGAGUAAAAUUAUGGCUAUUAGAACAGAAAAGUAAGAUGGAAAAUAAGAGAAAUGAGAAGUAGAGAAUGAAGACAAAUGGAGGAAAAAAGUAUGUGCUUAACAAUGAAAUAUUGGGCUGGAAGUGUGGCUCAAGCAGUAGAUCGCCUGCCUAGCAAGCACAAAGCCCUGAAAUAUUAAGCUUGACUAUUUCAUUCUAUAAAUAACAAUACUAAAGAAGUUCAUAUAUCCUGCAAUAAUGUUUUAUCUUCAAUAUUUUUAUUUUCUAAUACAUUCAAAUAAUAUAACAAACAUUUUAUAGUGUUAAAGCUACACAUUUUUUCCUAAAAUGUCAUUACAAAUUUUUCCAUACAGAAGUUCAAAAGGAUGUUUUCCCUUUAACAUUGGAAUAAACAUAAACUUCAAAAAUAUUAAUGUAUAAUGUCCUGUAGGAAGUUGGAUCAUACUAUUCUUUAAUGUUUUCCAAACUGAAAUAACCUUUACACUCCAAAUAAUGUGAUAUAUGUUUAUAAAAUGUUAAAUUCUACAUGUUUGAGAAGGAAAUGAUGCUAUAUUUCCUUUUUUGUACAUAGUUUUAUUCCAGGUCAUAUUUUAUUUAUACAUUAAUUUCACAGAAUAUUAAUAUGUUUUUUAACUUCUUAAAGCAUGCUAGUGUUUUAUGUUGAAUACACAUUCAUUCAGGCAGGGUAAUUUUUACUGCUGCCUAACAUUAUACUAAAAUAUUGCUCUUUAUCUAAUUUUAAUUACAAAAUGGUAAUGUUUUGUUAAAUUAUAGUUUAAAGAUAGUGGACCCACGGAGCGAGUUCUCUCUCUACCUGUCUUAUGUAGCACUGUAAGUAAUCUUACAAACAGAGGUAAUCCAAGAUGGUAUUAACAAACUGUGCUUUGUCUUUAAUAAAAGAGAUAGGAUUAACAAAAUGUAUUGAUGGAAUAACCUAUUCAGCUGUCUAUUUUGUAGUAAUGUAACCCCAAAUAUUGGAUUGCUGAACUAACAAUGACUGUGUUAAAGAAGAUUAAA